AAAGGGGACUGCAUGUAAGUCUCGCACGCACUAAACAUACGAUUGAGGAAGAGGGAGACUGUGAGUUGCUGAGGGAGCAUACAAUCGGCGAGUUUUCCCGUUCUCCGAAAUCGCCAAGUUUCGCUCGAGUUUCGCUCGAGUUUCGCUCGAGUUUCGCUCGAGUUUCAAAGUGACUGGUUUCUAUCUCGACGAGUGCGACUUCUCGUUUGAUUCUCGUCGCAUUUGUUCCACAAGUUUUCUUUCAUAGACACACUGGAAUAAUCUGUGAAAAGUGAUUACACCGAUUUCGACGCUACGCCUCGGAACGCAGACGUCUGCUGGAGUUUUGCUCGGCUUGGUGCAUCCCCUGCAGCGGACAGUAGGAUUCUGCAAGGUGGCAAAGAGAAAAAAUUAAAGCGGGAGAAAUUGGGUCACAGCCAUGAAAUCCACGUUCGCGCUGGAGCAGUUUAAAAAAAGCAUCAUCUUAUUUAUGGUAGGCGUUGGAUGUAGUUCCUUGAUGUAUACGAUUUACGUCAUCGAUCCUGUAACUAUGCUAGUGGAAUAUAAUUUAGAAAUGUUGCCGCACUCAUGGCUUUUCACACUGUGGAAAGUACCACCUGUUGAUAUGUAUUUAAACGUAUAUGUAUUUAACAUUACCAAUCCAAUAGAAUUUCUAAACGGCGAAGAGAAACUCAAAGUUCAAGAAAUUGGGCCGUAUGUGUAUCAAGAAUUUCUUGUAAACGAUAAUGUUACGUUUAACGAUAACGGCACAAUGACUUACAUUCCCAGAAGAACGAUAGCUUAUGUUCCCGAAAUGUCAGUCGGUGAUCCUUCGGAGGACAUAAUUAAUAUCCCGAACCUACCUUUUUUGGGUGCUUCAUCCGCUUUGAGUGAUUCCGGAUUUAUGGUGAAUUAUCCUUUUGUACAACUGACUAAUUUGAUGAAAGCGAAACCGAUUCUUAAUAUGACGGUUUACGAUUAUUUCUGGGGUUACGAGGAUUCAAUGGUAACAUUGGCCAGUGGAAUUGUGCCGAAGUUUGUCAACUUCCAAAAACUCGGUCUCUUAGAUAGGAUGUACGACGAGGGUGAGAACAUCAUAACGGUAUAUAUGGAUAAACAGGCUAACAUAAUGGAAGAGAAAGGGCGAUAUCUCAGCAUCGACAGAUGGAAUGGCAGCCCCGGUUUGGCGAAUUGGGGAUACGUCGAAACGGAGGGCAACGAAACGCGAAAAGAGAAUACAGUUUGUAACACACUUCAAGGCGCCACGGAAGGUACCAUAUUCCCACCGCACAUCGAUAAGCGGGCCAAGUUUAGGGUCUUCAGGAAAUCAUUUUGUCGUGCGCUACAGAUUACGUAUAGAAAAGAAGUUUGGACAAAAAACGGCAUACCAGGAUACCUUUACACCCUCGCGGAUGAUUUCGCUGAUCCGCCCGAUCUGAAUCCGGACAAUGAAUGUUAUUGCCGUAAGAUGAAGACUUGUCUGAAGAAAGGAUUGUCUGAUUUAUCACCGUGCUACUACAAUAUCCCGGCGGCGGUAUCGCUCCCACAUUUUCUCGAUGCUGAUCCGAGUUUGCUGGAAGAUGUGGAAGGUCUUGAGCCUGAUCGAGAGAAGCACGAGUCUUAUGUAAUUCUGCAGCCGUUGAUCGGUAUUCCCUUAGUCUUUCAUUCUAGGGUUCAGACAAAUUUGGUAAUGCAACGCACACGUUACAAUUCUAAAAUUACGGCAUUCAAUAACAUAACGGUGCCCUUAAUAUGGAUCGAUAUGCACAUUUUGUCGCUGCCGACCUUUAUGAUAGUUUGUCUGAAGUUAGCUCUUCAAAUAUUACCGAUUGCACAGACAGUGGUGAUGUAUCUGCUUGGUGUUAUCGGCGUGACGAUGUCAGUGUUAUCGCUGAUUUCCAUUGUAUGGAUACUUAAUCAGCAACAGCAGCAGGAGCAGGAAAUGGUCAGCAGUAACGACAAUCCAGAUUUGAGGAUACCGCUAUGCAAUGGUCAAUAUACUUCCAUUCAUAUUUUACCGACGGUCAACAGGAUUGCGUCAAAGACAGAUUGUUUGGUGGAUAAUUAGAUGCCAUAGUGAAUAUUGGUGAAAUGUUCGCGCAUGUGAUCACAUCAGUGGAAAUACGGGGAAGAGAUGUGAUCUUUUUCACAGACUUACUAUCAUCGGUGCGUGACUCGGUUUAGAAUGAAGCGAAUCGAUGAAAUUCUCUUGUUCUCCUUGCGAUAAUUUUUUAUCUGCAGCAUGUCCACCAUAGUGAUAGAAAUUACAUGAAAUCAUCAUAGCGCGAAGAAAAUUUAGGUAAUGCACGAUAAAAUGUACAUAUAAACGAAUGAUAUAUUUAAGAUAUUUUCGAUGCAUAUGUAUACCUCAAUGCAAUUAAACUUUAAGUUUAAACACGGCAAAUGUGAUAACGUUACAGAUGUUUUUAUCGUGUACAUCUCUACUUUUAAUAUACUAAAAAAAUACUCCAAUGACGAAUAAAUUUAUUGUAUAUAAUAUAAAAUAAAAGAAAAAUAAAAGUUGUAAUUCUGACACAACAGCAUUGUAAAUGAUAGUAUAUUGGAAUAUUAAAUACAAUUAAAGAAAGAAGUUUUAUGACUUAA